AUGGGUCAAAAUGUGUGCUUCCGAUGUGGCAAGCCAGGAUACUAUAUAAGGGAGUGCCCCUUUAAUGUGGAUGGCUCGAGGCCCCAAGCUCAAGGGAGGGUCUUUGCCAUCACAAGGGAAGAAGCUGAUAAGUCACCUGAGAUGAUACAAGGUACGAUUCAAGUUAAUAAUUACCUUGUACAUGCUAUCUUUGGCUCAGGUGCUAGCCACUCCUUUGUUUUAUAUGAAUGCGUGAAGCGCAUAGGCCUUGCUAUUAACACAUUAUUAUAUGAUCUAUGUGUGGCUACUCCUAUGGGCACUAAAGUUUAUAUGUCUGAUGUUUGCCUAAAUUGUAUUGUCCGGUAUGGCCACUGUUGCACUACACUUGACCUAAUAUGUAUGCCUUUUCAUGAGAUCGAUGUGAUACUUGGUCUGAAUUGGCUGUCUAUCCAUAAUAUACUCCUUGACUGUAAGAAUAGGACUUUGAUUUUUCCUCCUCAUAAGCUAACCCCUCAUACCGAAGUGAAACUGAACUUGAUUACGGGAGCCAAAGCCGGGGAUUGCCUAAGACAUGGCUGUCAGGGGUACGUGGUAUUCUUCUCUAUACAUGCAGAAGUGGAAGAAGGCAUAACAGAGAUACCUGUGGUAUGCGAUUUUCCGGAAGUCUUUUCGACGGAAAUUAGCGGGUUACCUCCGGAGCGAGAGGUAGAGUUUCCAAUUGACCGGGUACCUGGAGUAUAA